AUGACAUCCAAUCUUCAAAAAGACACAACUUUGACAAAAAUAUUCGUCGGUGGACUACCCUAUCACACAACAGAUGAAAGUUUACGUUGUUUUUUUGAUCAAUUCGGCCCAAUCGAUGAAGCUGUGGUUAUCACAGAUCGUCAAACUGGAAAAAGUCGAGGUUAUGGAUUCGUAACUAUGACUCGUACAGAAGAUGCCCUGCUAGCGAUUCGUGAUCCAAAUCCAUGUAUUGAUGGUCGGAAAGCGAAUGUGAACUUGGCCGUGCUUGGAGCUAAACCUCGUCUUAUGCCCGGAACUAACCCUGCAAUGCCACCAUUUUUCCCGCUUCAAACUGGGUUGCCAAUGGACCCGAGUCAGGCGGGUCUUUUCAGCAAUCCAGCUGCUGCUGCCGCGGCAGCUGCACUUGUCAACAACCCUUUAAUGAAUCCUGGACUAUCACCAAACAUUGGCGGUGGACUUUUGCAAACACCGACUAAUCAUCCCCAAAUGUCACCAAUAUCUGAUCCAACUGUUGAUAAUCGACUACAAGCACAAUUGUCAUUGAAUCCACUUACUAGUUUGAAUUAUUUACUUAAUAUUUCAAAUGCAACAGGGAAUCCUUCACCUACUGCUACCGCAGCGGCUCUAGCAGCGGCAGCUAAUGGAAAUCAAGCAAAUAUAUCGCCUGCUGCUUUAGCUCUUCUAAUGUCUGCCUAUGGGCAAGGAGCAAAUGGUUUAAGUACUGGUUUACCGACAAACACUUCGUUCGUUGGAGUGCCAUCUGUCAGUCAUCCAUCGAUAAAUGGCACUAGUUUACCUACCACAAGUUUACUGAACUUAAAUUCUACUACUCCAAAUACAACCGGCCUAAAUGUCCUGACUGGAAGUCAUUCGGUAUCACCAUUCUGUAGGACAUUUACACCAGAAGUUUCAGCCAAUGACUUGAAUGCCUACUCUGCUGCUAUGGCUUAUCAACGAUUACUAAAUAUGGCAUCAAGUUAUCAAACUAUUCCACCAUCCUUACUGACGUCAGUUAAUCCAGUCAACUCAUUGUCAGGCGCUAUGAUUAAUAAUCCAUUUCCCAGUCUUCCAAACCAAACAAUGAGCUAUGCGAACAACAAUAAUAAUAACGCGAAUACUGCUAACAAUAAUAAUGGUAUCAAUGUGUCAAUGGAUCAGCCGAAUUCAAUACCACUGGCAUUUCCGGCCACAUCGCGUAAUUUAGUUACUUUUACAACGGAUAUGAACGGUACAUCAUAUGAUUAUGCUAAUCAUUCACAAGAGUUGACGGCUAAUAUGCAUGCGACGCUAUCAACAGGACAUCAUCCCAGCACAAGCACUACACCACCACCACUACGUGAAAGUAUUGAGUGCGGUGUUAAUGCUUCUAUGAAUUUCUAGAAGUUUAGCAGAAAUGAUAAAUAGUAUGAAAAUUGUCUCUUUCUGUGCUGUUCAAGGUCAUCAAUGUAAAUUGUUUACUUCUUUUUUGUUUAAAUUAAGCUGUGUUGUUAAUUGUGGCGCGUUAAACGAAUAAUGCAUCCUUGUAAUCUAAUCGGUUGUGCGCUAACCUUUAUUGAGUGUAAUCAGUGCUAAUAAUUCUCGUACUUUCUUCUUCUUUUUGUUGUGAUGUUGACAAAAUGAAACUGUGAUCCUCUUGUGCCUUUUUCCCUCUUCCGUUUUUCUCUCUCCUAUCUUUCAUAUGUCAAUGUAAUUUUAGUAACUUCUCCAUGUGUUACGUAAUUUUCGUACUUGACUUCUUUAACUUUAAAUAAUUUCUCUCCUAUGCAAUGUUCUGUGUUCAACCUCCCCCAUUUGCCGACUUUUGUCUCAACAUCUUCAUGCGACUAUUUUCAGACGUGCUUAAACAUAUUCGUUUGCACAAAGUGAUGUCGAGUUUAGUGUGCGUGUAAACAUUCACGAUUCAUGGAGUAUACUGGAAGUGUUCAACAAAUAACUUAACACUUUUUUCUUUUGUUCUUAAAUAUGUGUGAAGUCGUGAAGGAAAAGAGAAUGAGAUAAAUAUCUGUACAAUUCCCCUGUCCUAAUCUUCUUAACCACUUUUGUUUCAUUUCAAUAAUAUGACCUUG